AUGGACGACUCUAUAGACAUCUACGAGACGCUGCCGGGACUUUGUCAUUCUAAGACUUUGGUAGACAACAACCACCAUUCCAGCAAGCCCCAAUCCUUCAAUCCUGAGCUGGUCAUCUCCCACUGCUUCAAGCAGUUCAAGCAGGAGAACUUCCACCUGCCACCAAGCCGCCGCCGCAUCGUUGUUCUGCCUUCUAGGGAGGGGCAGCUGUCUGUAAACCCCAAAGCCGAGCCCCUGGCUCCUGCACAGCUUGUCCCCAGCUUUAAAGCCCUGGAAGCCAGGGACAUACAAGAGCAGCCAUUAGACAUCAAGACCUGGCUGAGCCAGAGGGUGGUGUUUCGGAAGGACUUAGAGUCAUUUGGCAACGUGGAGAAGUGGCUGAGGAACAAGCCUGAUUGCACACCUUCAGAAGUUAAGGUCUUACAGAGCAGCUACAAAAAAUCUGAAGAGACCCAACCGGCUAUUCCCCAGGAUGCUAAAAAGAAAGCUUCCUGGACUUGGCGCAAAUCAGUGUCUCUGCACCAUCUGUCCAGACCCCCCGCCCUGGCAGCCCUGUACGCCUAUCUGCACAACCACAAUAUCAGGAUCCUGGAGUUUUUCAACAAGGUGAAGCACCGCAAUUACCGGAAGUUGACCAGGGAGGAGUUCAUUAGGGCUCUGAAUGUGGUAGGAGUGCCUUUGAGUAUUCAGGAGGUCGAGGACAUCAUGCUCUAUCUCAGCUCUUUGGGGCGGUGCAACACCAUCACAUUGGAGGUCCUGGACAAUACCUAUAAUCAGUGGCGGGCAACUGUGCCAAGGAGAAGCCCAAAUGCCAUCAAGCAGUAUCACCAUUUGGCUAGAGGCAGCAAGAGUCAGUCCAAGAAGCAGAAAGUCACCCUACCCUCAGAGGCUCCAAGCCUGGAUGUGCUGGCCAUGCCCAGAACCACCUCACAGAAGGAAACACAGCCCAUGACCCUGGAGGAGGUGGAAGAUGCUGACAAGUGGGACCAAGAGAGGAGGCGGCUGCACACGAUCACCAUUUCCCCCAGUCAUUACUCAGAGCAGUGCCACCUGGCGCACAGUGGGAGCAAGUACUUUGAUGCAAACUGCCUCCCAUCCACAAUACCCGGAGACGUGGGGGAGCUGAUCAACAAGGUCCACAGAGAUGCCUAUCUGGUUUACCUGCGGUGCUGGAAGCUCUGUGAGUGGUAUGGCAUCCCACUGACGGAGGACAUCCUCAUAAAAGCCUUACUGUACCCUGGAGACAGGAUUAUUCUCCUGAAAGACAGUGUGUGCCCCCUCCGGCAGCCAGGGGGCUACUACUCUGACUUGAAGCUUGGUGUUCUGAACCAGUCUCUGCUCAGGCCCCAAGGAACCAGUGUGGCUAAGAAGACCAAGAAGAAGAAGAAAAAGAAAAUGAAGAAGAUGUGCUUUAAGGAGUUUGAGGAAUUCACUAGGAAGCUGCAGUCAAAGGGCUCCAGUGGUCAUCAGCCAACACACCCUAACUUCUUCUGGCCGGGCCACCUCCUGGACAAGCUGAGGCUGUACCUGCCCUCUGUGGCCACAGACCGGAGCCUGGCAAUCUUCAGCCAGGUGCAACACCAGCCCCCUGCCUAUUCAGCCACCUACCACCCAGACCGCUGGUGGCCCAUAUGGAACAAUAAGUACAUGAUCUAUGGCUAUCAUGAUGCCUGCAAGGUCUACUCUGACAGCUAG